GGAAGUUGCUGCCGCAGACAGCAGCAGUGAUUCGGCAACGCAGGGCAACGGGAGAAAAUCUGUCCGUUUUAAACCAUGGCGACGCACUAAAUGAUGACUUUCGCAGAUGUAAACGGAGGUGUGAGGAGAAGUGUGUGUCCCAUGUUGCAUUAGUGUCUGUGUGAAAUGCUGGCCUGUCUGCCAGGGCCAGGUGACCUCCCCCUCCAGCUUCUCCCCCACACGCAGAUGAACACUGGACUUCAGAAAUGGGACACCACACAAAGGAUGAGAUCCGCUCCGUUUCCAACCCCUGCAGAAUUGGACGCAUAUGCUAAGAAGGUUGCCAACAACCCCCUCACCAUCAAGAUCUUCCCCAACAGCGUCAAGGUCCCCCAGCGAAACCACGUGCGGCGCACGGUGAACGGGCUGGAUACGUCAGGCCAGCGCUACAGCCCCUACCCCUCCUCUCAGGCCAGUGCCAAGACCGGCCUGCUCGCCAUCGUCAAGGUGCCCACCGUCAAGGGCGUCCUGAAAGAUUUUGACGGCAGCCGGGCCCGCUUGCAUUCAGAAGUCAUCAUGAACCCACCCGCCGGAUCCUAUCAAGUGGCUUCAACCAGCACUUUAAACCACCACCCACCUCUGCCGAACCUCCCCCGACCGCAGCAGAACUUAACCCUUCAGGCGCAGGACGCGCCCCAGACCCUGCAGAUGCCCCUCGCUCAGCAGCAGGCUCACACCCAGAGUCUCAGGCACCCGCCCCCCAUGGCCCAGCACCCUCAGGGCCACCCCGGACUGCAGACUCUGUCUCAGCAUCCCGCUCUCGGCCACCCACAGGGCCCCCCCACUGUUAUGCUUCAGCAGCAGCAGCAGCACCUUCAGCAGCAGCCGCCAUCCGGCCUGCAGGGGAGCAGGAAGCUGCCGGACGGCGAAGCACCGCCUAACGUUACUGUCUCUACCUCAACCAUUCCGCUCUCGAUGGCCGCGGGGCUGCACCAAGGCCGCCAGGCCGACCUGAGCACCAUCGUGCAUCAGAUCAACCAGUUCUGCCAAGCCCGGGCCCAAGGCGCCGGAGCCACCUCCAUGUGCGAGGGCCAGAUCGCCAACCCCAGCCCCAUCAGCCGCAACCUGCUCAUCAGCGCCUGCUCCCGGGUGUCCAUGCACAGCAACCCCGCCACCCCCGGCUUCCCGCCGCCCAACUGCAUCAUCGGCGCCCAAGAGAAAGCCACUGCCCUCGUGGGAGUCCAGCCUCCGCCCAGCGUGGCUGCUCUGAACCACUUGCCUUCCAGCCACACUGAUCUGAAGCAGCAGCAGCAGCAGCACCACCUGCAGCAGCACCUGCAUGCACAGCAGAAUCCGCAGCAGCUGCAGCACAACGCGCAGCAGCAGCAGAAGAUGCGCGCCUGGAAUCAGCAUCAGUUGGCCCACGUGCCACACAUUCAGAACGGUGGGCCGCACCUCUGCAAGCAGCCCCCCAGGGACCCCGCCUUCCAUUUCAAGAGCAUGGGCUACCCCCCGGAGGUGUGCGUGGGUCAGCCUUACUCACUGAAACCCCCCGUAGAGAGGCCCACCCCCUCCCCGCCCGUCAACCCCACCAACGGCAUGCCGGGGCCCAUGGCCCACUACACUAAUGGUCAUUACUUCCAGUCCCACAUUUGGAACAGCAGCAUCCUCCCCACACCCAACAGUGACAGCUCUGGCUCUCAGGACGUAGCCAUGCCAUUCCACGGUGCGGGCCCGGGAGGGUGCACCACUCUAGACUGCGGGCCCCCCGGGGCUCCCCAUUACAGGCUUGGAACGAGCUCCUCCACCUCCUCCUCCUCCUCGGCCCAGACUAAUCUGAUGCAAACGGCAGAUUACAUGGGUGGGGACUUCCAGACGCCCUACUUCCGCGAUCAGAAUCUAGGGUUGAUGGGCAAGAUGCACAGGCCUCCUCUGAACAGGGUAGGUCCAGAGGUCGGGGAUGGCAGAACCGCUCUCAUCCAGCACCCAGGGUACAGAUAAGCUAUGGCCUUGUCUCCACAACUGUUAUCAGCCCCCUUUGUUUAGUCUUAAGAAAGGAAACACACAAAAUACAAGUCAAUUGAUAACUUAAACAAAUGACUGCUAAUGUUAAAGAGGGUAAAUUCAUAUAUUUAAUGAAGAUCAGUAGUUUUUUUUUCUUUUCCUGUUUUUAAUCUUGCAAGUGAUCAAUUGCCACUGUAAGUUUUGUUAAUGAGUGCUCUCGUUUGGCACUUCGAAGUAACUUUUUUGUGUAUGUGUGUGUGUACACAUCCGUACUGUCAUUCCCUGCUUCUUCUUCUUCUUCUUCUUCUUCUUCUUCUUCCUCCUCCUCGGUCAAACUUGUCUGCGUGCCUGGAUCUCAACAGAUCCUGUGUUAUUUCUACUUCAAACCUGUUGGUAAAGUUUUCUUAUGCAUGUAAGAAAAAAAAAAAAAAAACAAGAAAAAAAAACAGAUUCCUUGCUGAAAAGCAGCAACAUCGUUUAUUUUUUAACAGAAUCACGUCAGGAAUUUUUUGGCUCUGACUAGUUUCAUCGGACUGACGACUUUUUACGCUUCAAGAUAAACUACAAUCACUUCAGGACAGAAGAGAGAGUAACGAUCUUGUUUUCGUACAAAGCCAUGGGGCACUGGAAAGAAACACAGCUGGCGAAGCUUGCAGUAUGCACAUGUACACAGAGGUUUUAUUCUUUUUUUUUUUUUUUUAUGUAAUUAUUUAUUUGUAUUAUAGGACUAAUCAAGAUGUACUUCUCUCGGUCAGUCAGAAGCAGGUAAUCAGGUUUGUACAUAGCGAAGUCUCAGCAGGGAGCAGGUCUGCUGAAAGGGUGACGCUCUGUCCUGCUUCAAAUGCUGCAACGAAUUCAGGUGUUUUAACAAGAAAAAAAAACAAUAAAAAAAAAAAUAACGGAGUUUCUGUCAGUGCCACGUGUGGCGACUAGAUUGUGAAAUGUUUAGUGCAGAAAAAGUCAUGAAAGAUUAACUCUCCUACCUUAAAAUGGCCAAAGUCAGGUUAACAAGGACACACUGUUACAAAGUUGUGCCAUUUUCUGUUUUGUGUCCUUUUCAGAUCGUUUUUUUUUUUUUUUUUUUGUAUCCAUUUCAAAUGUAUUACUUGAAUGUUGAGAUUGUUUGUGUUGCAGGGAUGGAAAGGGAUAGGGUUAGUUACAAGGACGAAACUCUGGAGUUAGAAGAAGUCAAGUGUUAAUAUUGUUGUGUAGAAUCUAACUACGGCGCCUGUAGCCAGAGAUUUGUCCUCACAACAGGAACUUAAGUGAAUCCAGUUUAUGUGUAGUUGCUACUGAUUCUGAAGUCUGCUUGAAAA